AGAUCCAAUUGGCUGCCCCAGAUAGAACUCUUCGAAAGCGCGUGCGCGUCAUUAGCUCGCAACUGCAUGACACAGCUAUAAGCCUGUAAAAUAAAAAAGGGAAAGAAGAUUUCAGUCUCCCCUUACACUCAUUAAACUUAAAAGUUGAAGAAGAAGAACUCAUAAAACCAAAAAAAAAACAACGUAUUUUCUAGACCAACUCUUACAAAUUUCCCUCACUUUCCUGAGAAAAUCCCCCUUCCUUAUGGGACGAGAUACCGCCACUAAGCGAAACUCUAAUAAUCAGAAUAGAGCCGCUGAAUCCUCUAUAGAUCGCCCCUCUUUACGCAGCCGAUGGCAUCAUAACGUCAACCGAAAUAAUCGCAAGGGUAGAGGGUAUUUGCUUUACUCUGUGAUUUUAUUCGCGGUUUUUGCUUUCGCAAUGGCAUCAAUGGUGUUACAGAGCUCGAUCACUUCGAUCGUGUUUAGUAAGGGGUGGAAUGAGCAUCGGAGAUCGAUUAGAGAGGGGUUGAGUUUGGGGAGCACCUUGAAAUUCUAUCCAGGGAGAAAAUCCUUGAGGCUUGCGGAGGGGCAUGGGCUUGAUCAAGUGAGAUUGCAAGGGAGAGUGGGCCUUCGGCCUCCUAGGCUUGCUGUGAUCUUAGGAAACAUGAAGAAAGAUCCACAAUCAUUGAUGUUGGUCACUGUGAUGAAGAAUCUACAGAAACUUGGUUAUGUGCUUAAGAUUUAUGCCAUAGAGAAUGGAAAAGCAAAAUCAGUGUGGGAUCAAAUAGGUGGUCAGAUGUCAAUUUUACAACCAGAGCAAUAUGGUCAUAUUGACUGGUCAAUUUUUGAAGGUGUUAUUGUUGAUUCACUUGAAGCCAAAGAGGCCAUUUCAAGCCUUAUGCAGGAGCCUUUUUGUUCGGUACCACUAAUGUGGAUAAUCCAAGAAGAUACCCUUGCAAAUCGUCUUUCGGUGUAUGAGGAAAUGGGCUGGGAAUAUCUCAUGUCUUACUGGAGAAGAGUAUUUAAGAGGGCUAAUGUUGUUGUAUUUCCAGAUUUCACUAUGCCGAUGCUAUAUAGUGUGCUUGACACUGGAAACUUCUUUGUGAUUCCUGGAUCGCCAAUAGAUGUGUGGGCUGCUGAAAGCUACAGUAAGACCCAUUCCAAGAAUCAAUUAAGGACAGACAAUGGAUUCAGUGAGGAUGAUGUGGUGGUUCUAGUUGUUGGGAGUUAUUUUUUUUAUGAUAAGCUGUCAUUGGACUAUGCUGUGGCCAUGCAUUCCCUAGGACCUCUACUAGUUAAAUAUGCAAGGAGACAAGAUGCUGAGGGGUCAUUUAAAUUUGCUUUCUUAUGUGGUAAUUCUACUGAUGGCGAUGCUUUGCAGGAAAUUGCUUCUCGUCUAGGGCUUGUUCAUGGUUCUGUAAGGCAUUAUGGCUUGAAUGGUGACGUCAACAGCAUGCUAUUAAUGGCAGACAUUGUUCUUUAUGGUUCUUCCCAAGAUGAACAAGGUUUUCCCCCUCUAAUUAUUCGAGCCAUGACAUUUGGUGUGCCUAUCAUUGCUCCUGAUAUUCCUAUAAUGAAGAAAUACGUUAUUGAUGGAGUUCAUGGGUUACUCUUCCAAAAAUAUAACCCUGAAGCUUUGAUGAAGGUUUUCUCUCUUUUGAUAUCAGAUGGGAAACUUUCUAGGUAUGCUCAAAACAUUGCUGCCUCUGGAAGACUGCUUGCUAGGAACAUGCUUGCAUCAGAAUGUAUGACUGGUUAUGCAAGGCUAUUGGAGAAUUUACUCAGUUUUCCAUCAGAUGCCUUGUUGCCUGGUCCUUCAUCCCAGCUUCAACAGAAGGUAUGGGAGUGGAACUUGUUCAGGAAGGAAAUAGUAGAGGAAGCUGAUGACUUGUCAGGCAUGGAUGGGAGGGAUUCUUCUUUCAGAGGAUCUAGCAUUGUUUAUUCCGUUGAGGAAAAAUUGACCAAUCUUAUUGAUUUGGCUAAUAUCUCUGCGAAUGGAACUGAAAUUCCAGAUGUAGAUAUCCCAACUAAAUCAGAUUGGGAUGUUUUAAGGGAGGUAGAUAGCUUUGAAGAAUAUGAGAGGCUAGAAAUGGAGGAGCUUGAAGAAAGAAUGGAUAGAAGCCCUGGUGUAUGGGAUGACUUGUAUCGCAAUGCCCGAAAAUCUGAGAAACUCAAGUUUGAAGCAAAUGAAAGAGAUGAGGGAGAGCUUGAAAGGACAGGUCAGCCAGUAUGCAUUUAUGAGAUAUAUAAUGGAGCUGGGGCCUGGCCAUUUUUGCACCAUGGUUCUCUGUACCGUGGGUUAAGUCUUUCUACAAAAGCUCGGAGAUCAAGAUCAGAUGAUGUGGAUGCUGCUGCCCGGCUUCCCAUCUUGAAUGACACUUACUAUCAAAAUGCACUCUGUGAGAUUGGAGGAAUGUUUUCUGUUGCAAACAAAGUGGAUAAUAUUCACAGUAGACCUUGGAUUGGGUUUCAAUCAUGGCGUGCUGCUGGUAGGAAGGUCUCAUUAUCCGUUAAUGCUGAAAAGGCUUUGGAAGAAAAGAUACAAAAAGAAACUAGAGGAGAUGUAAUGUACUUUUGGGCACGGUUGGAUGUGGAUAGUGGAGUACCAGGAAGCAAUGACGAACUUACAUUUUGGUCAAUGUGUGACAUUUUAAAUGGAGGACACUGCAGAACUGCUUUUGAAGCUGCUUUCCGCCAGAUGUACUCCUUACCAUCCCAUCUUGAAGCUCUUCCUCCAAUGCCGGAAGAUGGAGGCCACUGGUCUGCCCUGCAUAGUUGGGUUAUGCCAACCCCUUCCCUUCUAGAGUUCAUUAUGUUUGCUCGGAUGUUUGUCGAUUCUCUUGAUGCCUUGCAAACCAAUUCUAGCCAAGUGAACUCUUGUUUGUUGAGUUCUUCACAGCUUGAGGAAAAACACUGUUAUUGUCGGAUAUUGGAACUCCUUGUUAAUGUUUGGGCUUACCAUAGUGCACGAAAAAUGGUUUACAUAGACCCACGAUCCGGUUCUUUAGAAGAGCAGCACCCAAUCGAACAAAGAAAAGAAAUUAUAUGGGCAAACUACUUUAAUCUUACAUUGUUAAAGAGUAUGGAUGAAGAUCUUGCAGAGGCUGCAGAUGAUGAUGAUCUUCCAAGGGAGAGAUGGUUGUGGCCGUUAACCGGUGAAGUGCACUGGCAAGGGAUUUAUGAAAGGGAAAGAGAAGAAAGAUAUAGGCAAAAGAUGGAGAAAAAGCGGAUAACAAAAGAGAAACUAAUUAAAAGGUUGAAAUCUGGGUACAUUCAGAAACCACUUGGAAGGAGGAGAUAGGAAGCGUUAUAAAUCUGAAUUGCUUAGUUGAUUAUUUACAAUUUUGGAAAGCUUGGUGCCUAACACAGCUACAGGAAAUGGAGAAGAAUUUCGCAGACAGAAGCUAAUUUUUUGUUUUUCUAACAGCUUCAACAUUGAUUCAUCAUUUUCCAAUAUUUGCCGAAUACGUGUACUUAUCGAAUCGAGGGGAGAAGAAAAAGUAGCUUCCCUGAAUGGCAGCUUACUAGAAUUCAAGGCCUUUUUGAACAAAAAAUUUUCAAUCCCCAUGGAGUAUUGCAUCCAUCAUUCAUUGAAAUUCUUUCUCAACUGUUCAAAAUAUUUGAUCUAGAGACUAAAGCCUGUAUUCUUUCAUUAUUGUACAUUCUUUCAGCUAUGUAGAGACAAUUUUGGUGAGAACAAUAAUGGAUUUCAGAAUAUAUUUUUUUUCACUGCUCUAAAA